AUGCUUGAUGCCGGAUGUCAGCCAAGUUCGAUAAUUCUUAAUAGUUUGAUGAGGAUACACGCUAAAGCAGGGAGGACGGGGAAGGUUUUGCAAUUGUAUAAUCAAAUGAAGAGGCUUGGAUGCGAGCCCGAUAUGAUUACUUAUAAUUUACUUUUAGAGUCUCAUUGUAAGGAUGAGAAUGAGAGGAUGAAUGCAUCUACCUUUAAUACGUUAAUUUUAUGUGUUGCUAAGUUCGGUAAUGUGAAAGCUGUUCGCAGGAUCAAUGAGAUAAUGAAGGAGUUUAAGUAUGACCCUAAUCCAGUGACUUACAACACCUUGAUGAAAUUGCAUGUUGCCUUGAAAUCGACGGGUAUGGUUUUGAAGUUGAAGAAGGAAAUGGAUGAGAACAAGCCUAAUGUGAAUACCUACAACGUUUUGAUCACUAUGUACUGUGAAAUGGAGAAUUGGAAUGAUGCUUACGAGUUGUUUAGGGAAAUGAUCGAGGAGAAGUGCUUGAAACCAAGUAUGCCGGUUUAUGUAAUGGUUCUUCACCAGCUGAGGAAAGCAGGAGAGUUAAAGAAGCAUGAAAAUUGGCGGCAAAGAUGGUGGAUAGAGGAUUUGUUAGCUGAGUUAGGUGAUUCAUUUUGUGGCCUAACCUUUCUUAUUGAGAUAUGCAGACAUGCUUAG